AUGGCCGCGGUGGGGCUGCUGCUCGCCUUGCUGCUGUUUCUCUUUCCACCGUCGGCGAAGGCUGUGCUCGAGAAUGAAAACAGCACCCUCGAAGCAGACGACGACGUUCCCAUGAAUGAGACGAGCCUCAGCGAGACGCGAGAAGUCCAGAACGCAGAGAGUCCCGCAGCCAGAGCCGGCUUGUUGUCGGUUUGCCCCUGCGACCUGCACCCAGGCUUUUGCGACCUCAACUGCUGCUGUGAUUCAAGCUGUGGGUCGGAAUGCGAUCGGGGGAGCCCUGAGUGCCCCUUCUCCUUCUGUCUUCCAGGCAGCACCAGGGCUGUGAGUCACGUGUGUGUGGAAAAAUCUCUUAUUUUCCGAAAUAACACUCCUUACCGUACUGAAGUCCUUCCUGGUCCUGGUGGAUGUUUAUCGCUCUUCUGUGUGCAGUUAAAUGACUCAAGACUGAACUAUUUUCAGAAGCCACAGGUGGUUACAGAAGAAAACUUUCCAGCGCUUGCAGCUGAAUAUGGAGGGCCAUCAUUUAUCUCAGCAGAACAAGUUCAGCCAUCUCCAUCUGUCUUUUACCAGGUGGGGGAUCCCAUUCAGAUAUACUUCGCUGCAACAUCAGUACUGAGUGUGCUCAAACAACCAGUGGGCAUGGGAGCCAGUCAGCUUUGCAUUGAUGAGAAUCCUGCUGGUUUCCUGGAGAGUAAGAGCACAAGCUGUAUUCGGAUCCUUACUAAUCUGAUGAACAGCUGUACCACUGACCCUGCACUGGAUGCAGCUUCAUACUACCGUCACUUCAGUGUGCUGAAGGUUCCAGUGAACAUGACAAUUUUCCAGCCUGUACAGGUAAACAUCAUCCCCCUAUCAGAGCCUGCAUCUCCUUCGCUGAAUGGCAGCACAUGCCACAACGUUGUUUCUGAGGUGAUCUAUGAGGUGGAGUUCAAUGGGAUCCAUGGAAUUCAGAAGGUUUCUGUCCAGUUCAAAGUGGCCAGCGUAUUUGGGAAUCCAGCAGCCACGCUGCAGCAGCGCUUUUCUCUGCAUUUUGGGAGUAGGAGCCCUUCUUUCACCAAACGGAGAAGUGGGAAUCCUGGGUAUAUCGUAGGAGCACCACUAAUAGCUAUGUACAAUGGCACUCAGCAGCAUGUAACCAUUUUACAGAAUCAAGGUAAUGGCCAAUGCUCAGCAACUGAGAGGCACAAGGUACAGUUUGGAAAGAAUAUGAUAGCAGGCUGCCAGUUCAGUGUACCCUUCAGGCUGCAGGAAACAAACUGUACCCAUUUGCAGGAACUGUUGUAUGAAGCCUUCCAAGGGGGACAUAGCCUAGGGAGCUUGGCUAUAACUGGCAAUGCUGACCCAGGCCAUCCAGGAGAGUGGAACGGCAUCUUCACUCAGAGAUGUAACAUCCAGGGUGGGCAUUGUAUGGUUCCCAUUUCCCUGGAGAUCCAAGUGCUAUGGGCCCAGGUGGGCCUCCUGUCUAACCCGCAAGCUCAAGUGUUGGGAGCACGGUACUAUUAUCUCUGCAAGCCCCUGAAGUCCCUUGACAUAUAUAUGAACAUGUUGUCUUUGACAACUGCAGCCUCCUUCACAGAUGUUACCAAAUGGCCAGAGCCACCACGUGAUCAGCCCAGAGUCCACUGGAAACUUCCAUUUGAUUUCUUCUUUCCUUUUAAAAUGGCAUUGAGUGGAGCUGUGAGCAGCUCAGGCAGCCUAGCUGGUACUCUGCUAGUAUUCUUAAUGUUGUUUGAACUACUCAUCUCGUGAACCAAAGAGACAUCUUUCUAACAGGAGGAAUAAGAUCUGUAUGGGUCAUAUUAGCAUUGCUUGCUAUGAUGUAACCCAGAAUCAGAACUGAAAGCCACCUUGGUGAAGGAGUGUUGGAGACCGUCUAUCCUCCUAAUGGAGAGAGAAGGGCAGAACCUGCGUGUCAGAUGAACCUGAGAUGUAAACAACUCUGAGGAUCUAUUUACAUGACCAUCUUGUCUUGUGACCUGUUGAAAAGCCAAC